AUGAUGAUCAAAGUCUCUGAAAAAUGGCAGAUAGGAAACUGAAGGCAGCAAAAGGAGCAUUUGAUGCGAGCAUCGAUUGUGGAAUAACUUUCUUUGAUACUGCUGAAGUAUACGGAGCUGGGAUAUCAGGAGCCAUAAAUUCAGAAAGUUUACUCGGAAGAUUCAUCGAGGAAAGGCAACAAAAGGAACAAGUCGAAGUGGCCAUCGCAACAAAGUUUGCAGCUCUUCCAUGGAGAUUUGGCCGUGGAAGUGUCAUCUGUGCACUGAAGGCCUUAUUGGAUCGCCUUGGCGUCUCUUCGGUUGAGCUCUACCAACUUCAUUGGCCAGGGAUAUGGGGCAAUGAAGGUUACCUGGAUGGCCUUGGAGAUGCUGUUGAGCAAGGUCUUGUGAAAGCUGUUAGAGUCUCGAACUACAGCGGUUGUUGUCUGACUUUGGUAUUCUUAUGAUAUCAUUUGUUAGGCUAGGUACUUCUUUUUCUGUAAAACUAACUCAGAUCACGUUUUCCAUGACUGUGUACAAAAAAAUGCCUCCGAGAUGCUCAUGCGCAGCUUAAGAAGAGGGGGAUUCCACUCGCUUCAAAUCAAGUAAAUUACAGUCUGAUAUACAGGAACCCGUAGGAAAAUGGGGUGAAGGCAGCUUGCGAUGAGCUCGGAAUUACUUUGAUUGCAUAUUCCCCAAUCGC